GGCAACAAGGGUGAAACUCCGUCUAAAAAAAGAAGCAGAGUGGGAAAACAGGCCCACUACCACCUUGGGAGGCUUCCAGGGAAGAACCCCACCCUCACUCAAACCAGGUCACAAUGACUGGAGUUCUGAGGGGCCCAGGCUCCCUGAGCCAGGAAGAGAGGAAGAAGUUCAAGGAAAGAUGGUGAGUGUGGGGGCCAGGGGCCCAACACCCCCUCCCUAUAGCUCCUGGCUGCUCUGUUUCCCCUCCUUUCCUAAAACUUAGCUGUCAAAACUUAGCUGUCUCAGAGAUACCCACAAAUGGAAUUCAUAAAGGUGUACCCAGAUGUCUCUGGAACCUGUGGCAUCACACAGAUGCAUGGCAUCUGAGGCUGCCUCCCCUUCCUCAAUCCAACAGAGCAUCCUGGGUCCUUUUUCUUCUCCCAGGAACAACUUACCCAGAGCAACACGAUGCUCCAGGACCACUCACUCCCUGCCUGCUGCUCCAGGCCCAUAUUAUACCACCUCACUCAUCUUUUAGGCCCUUUCUAGCUUCCAAGAGUUCCUUAGCAAAAUAGCCAAACCCUCUACAGUCCCACAGGGUUCCAGACCCCCUCCUGGCACCUGCCCUGGCCCAGGUCGCCUGGGCUGUGGCUGCCCUCAUGCCUGAGCUUUCUCCCUAACAGGCUGGCAGUCACCCCUUCUUCAACCUGUCUGACUUCACACAGCCAUCGCCGCCCUCCACUCCACCCAACCUCCCCUCGCACCAGCGCUGCCGGCCCUCUGAUGCCACCAAGGGCUUGCUGGUGGCCCUGCUGGGUGGGGGCCUGCCUGCUGGCUUCGUAGGCCUCUUUUCUCGUAUGGCUUACCAGGCUUCCCACCUGCCCUCGCUGGAGCUGCUCAUCUGUCGAUGCCUCUUCCACCUCCCUAUUGCCCUCCUACUUAAACUGCGUGGCGACCCACUUCUGGGACCUCCUGAUGUCCGAGGCCGGGCCUGCCUCCAUGCCCUGCUCAAUGUCUUUAGCAUUGGAUGUGCCUACACUGCGGUUCAGAUGGUGCCUGCUGCCAACGCUGCCACUGUUCGCAAAGGUUCUUCCACUGUCUGCUCCGCUCUCCUUGCUCUCUGCCUUGAGAGCCAGGGUCUCAGUGGCUACGACUGGUGUGGACUGCUGGGCAGCACCCUAGGACUAAUCAUCAUUGUGGGAUCUGGACUAGGGACACUGCAGGAGGGGACCACGGGCCUCUACACUGCCCUGGGCUAUGUGCUGGCUUUCCUGGGAGGCCUGGCACUGUCCCUGGGGCUUCUGGUCUACCGUUCUCUGGACUUCCCCUCCUGCCUCCCAACAGUGGCCUUCCUGUUUGGCUUGGUGGGGCUGCUGGGCUCUGUGCCAAGCCUCUUUGUGCUGCAGACCCCUGUGCUGCCCAGUGAUCCCCUGAGUUGGAGUUGUGUGGGGGCAGUGGUGGUCCUUGCCUUGGUCUCCUUCGCAUGCGUGAGCUACGCGGUCACCAAGACCCACCCUGCCCUGGUGUGCGCUGUCCUGCACUCUGAGGUGGUGGUGGCCCUUAUGCUGCAGUAUUAUGUGCUCCGUGAGACCGUGGCACCUUCCGACAUCAUGGGGGCAGGGGUUGUGCUGGGCAGCAUUGCCAUCAUCACAGCCCGGAACCUCAGCUGUGAGAGGGAAGGGAAGGUGGAGGAGUGAGACAGAACUCGGGAGCCUGGGGGUUGGGAGGGACGGGGGUAAACAGAGGCAAAGACUGAAGACAAACAUGGGAGGACAAGUGACUGGAAAAGAACUGGUGUGGGAGAGGGAUACCUGUCAGAGUCAAGGGUGACUUGGGGACUUGGUGGAGAGGGACUACCUAGAAGACCUGGAACCCUGGGACCAAGGGAUGUGGAGUCCAGGCUGGGUCCCGGGAAUCAGGGCAUAACUAAGGGGUAAAGUCUGAGGAGCACAUCCAAGGGUCUGAGGCAGGCAGGUCGUGGGCUGCGGGGAGGACUUCACUCAGCAGCAAAGAGAAGAGCAUUGGGGCUGGAGCGUUCCGGCAAAGACAGCCAGCAGCUGCGCUGGGGGAGGGGAGCGUGCCUCCCCACCUCUCCCCUCCCGGCGAAGGUUUCCUUUCCUCGUGCUUGUGCCCCCCCUUGGGGUGGUGACGUGACAUUGACAUCAAACAAGGAUUACUCUGAAUGUGGCCGUGCAGUGGUGUCUCUGCUUUGGAGGGAGAGUGGAAGUCCUACGACUGUUCUCAUUGGAGAAUUCCUUGGGGUCCCCGCCCCCCAUUUUAUUCCUGAAAUAUUCUACAAAGUGGAGGAUUUCCUAAUGUUCAGAUGACUUGACCCUAAAUCCCCCAGGACUUUUGUGGCCCGCCCCAUGGCUAAUCUGCUUUUCUCGGAUUGUCGCGGUCCCGUGAUAUCUUCCGGACAGUGGCCAGGCUCCUUCCGGAGCCAGCCUCCGAGGUGAGGUCUCUUCAAGCGGUUCAGGCUAUGGAUCCAGGACCGUGGCUCAGUACAGCGCUACAUUAGAGGCCAGGAGAUGCCCACCCGUCUCUGGGGGCCGUCUGACAAAUAUCGGCUACUUCCGGACAAGCCACUGUCCCAGCCAUCUUGAUUUGUUCAUGCAUAUUCAGCACGGGAACUGCAUAUUCAUGAGCAACCGCCCUCCCCCGGGAGCCCACUCGGGAGGACCCGCCCCGCCCCGCCUCUAUUACCGAUUAGCAGAGCAGACCAUUUUCCAGCUGGGGGGGGUACGAGUGAGAGGCUUUUGCUGAAGAUGAAAGCGUGGUCCAAACUAGAAUGCAAGCGGCCCAGUUUUACCCUCGAGUCUUCAAACCUUAAGCCUCAGUGCAGGAGGGAGCAGCGAGGGGAGGCGAUGGAAUUAAAAAAAAAAUUCCUCUCUGUCACUUCAAAAGGUCGCCCAACCAGCGAGCGGGGGAGGAUCUACCACUCUGGUUCGCACCCCGUGCGGGCCUGCGCAGGCAGCCCCGUAGCGCAAGGC